CCCCUGCCCCCUGAGCGCGUGGGCAGCGCGAGCCGGUGCGACCCUGAGACGCGGCGGCUCUGGGAGGAGGAAGGUUUCCACCAGAUCGCCCUGAGCAAGGUGGCUGUGCUGCUGCUGGCUGGUGGGCAGGGCACGCGCCUAGGCGUGACCUACCCCAAGGGCAUGUAUCAGGUGGGGCUGCCCAGCGGGAAGAGCCUGUACCAGCUGCAGGCAGAACGGAUUCGGCGGGUGGAGCAGCUGGCCGGCGAGCGCAGCGGGACCCAGUGUGCCAUACCCUGGUACAUCAUGACAAGUGAGUUCACGCUGGAGCCCACCGCCAGGUUCUUCAAGGAGCACGACUUCUUCCACCUGGACCCCAACAACGUGAUCAUGUUUGAGCAGCGCAUGCUGCCUGCUGUGACCUUUGAUGGCAGGGCCAUCCUGGAGAAGAAAGACAAGGUUGCCAUGGCCCCAGAUGGCAACGGAGGGCUGUACCGCGCACUGUCAGACCACCAGAUUCUAGAGGACAUGGAGCGUCGGGGAGUGGAGUUUGUGCACGUGUACUGUGUGGACAACAUUCUCGUGCGGCUGGCUGACCCUGUCUUCGUCGGCUUUUGCGUGCUGCGCGGCGCAGACUGUGGGGCCAAGGUGGUGGAAAAGGCGUCCCCGGAGGAGCCGGUGGGGGUGGUGUGCCAGGUGGACGGAGUCCCUCAGGUGGUGGAGUACAGCGAGAUCAGCCCCGAGACCGCACGGCUUCGCGGGCCCGAUGGGAGCCUCCUCUACCACCUGGGCAACAUCUGCAACCACUUUUUCACUCGAGGCUUCCUCCGGGCUGUCGUCAGUGAGUUUGAGCCCUUGCUGAAGCCACACGUGGCUGUGAAGAAGGUCCCGUACGUGGAUGAGGAGGGAAAUCUGGUAAAGCCGCUAAAACCAAAUGGGAUAAAGCUGGAGAAGUUUGUGUUUGAUGUAUUCCCGUUCGCUAAGAACUUCGUGGCCUUCGAAGUGUCUCGGGAGGAGGAGUUUUCUCCUCUGAAGAAUGCUGCCUCGGCUGCUAGCGACAACCCCACCACGACUCGGUGCGCCCUGCUCCUACAGCAUUACCGCUGGGCCCUGCAGGCAGGGGCCCACUUUCUGGACGCGUGUGGGGCGCGGCUCCCUGAGCUGCCCAGCUCGCCCAGCAGCGGAGAGCCUCCUGCCAUCUGUGAGAUCUCGCCUUUGGUAUCAUACUCUGGAGAGGCUCUGGAGGCGUAUCUGCAAGGCCGGGAGUUCCCAUCCCCGCUGAUCCUGGAUGAGAACCGGGCCAGGGCUCUGCAGCCCUGACUUGCUCUCUGGCCUGCCUACCCCGGGGUCCUGAGGGGUGGCGCCGCUCCCGUCAUCGUUCCCGGGGACACAAGUGACCAAACAGGGCUCUCUGGCCGUGCUCCUGGCUGUGAGGUCUGGGCGAGAGGCAGAGGUGCGGCGUCCUCGGGGACGGCAGCAGGCCUGCCUCUGUCGGAGCGGAGACGUAGGUGAGGACGACGGCACCUCAAGCCCUACGCGCAGAUCCGCCCGGCGGGGAGCACCGGCCACUCCAGCUUUUCUGCAGACCCAAGGACGGACGAGGCGAGAGGAGGGGACGGUGUCCGUCCCCUGCAGGGUGACCUGUCCAAAGGUGCUGCUCCCUCCCUCUCUUGCAGCUGACCAAGUACCUGGCAUGGCGGGGGCGGGGGGGGGGUGUCACGGCCUAGCCCUCCAGCCCCCCAGUGCCCACCAGCUACCCCCACCCACCCCCCACGCACAGCCUGCACACCUAAAACUGAAUUCUCUCAAUCUCCCUUGGAGGCCUUGGCUCCUCGGCCAGGGCUACGGUCGGUUCAGGCUGCUGAACUUUAGGUCUUUUCCCCAACAACCAGUCGGGCCAAUUCCAGUGGCCGCACGUGGUGGCUGAUUGGUCUGAAAUAUAAGCAGGCGGGGAGCACCGCCCCCCAACCGGCUUGCUAGUAGCUUCUGACAGAUCUCGGUGCUCACGGACCUCCCGCGCUCUCUGGAGGGAGACACGGACUCCACGUACGGGGCCACGGUCCCCACGCUGCACCCCUGCGGCCCCACCGAGGCUGGGGGAGACCCGCUGGCCCCGGCCCCUAGCCCUGCUGCUCUCCCCUCCGGAAAGCAGCCCGGGGCACCUCCCCGCCCGCUGACGCGAAGGGCGGCGUGGAAUGCAGCCUGCCGCUCCACCGCUCCACCGGGCCGCCGGCUCCCACGCCCUCACACUGCGGCGACACCCCCACGGAAGCCGGUUUCCCCAGGGCAAGGGCGUCACCUGGGCGGUGGGUUCAGAGGCCGCUGACUCCUCCAGUGGCUCGUAGUGGACUAGCGGAGGGCGGACGGGUGUCCCCGCACCCGGACCUGGGCGUGGCGGCGGGGUCGGGGCCAGGCCCGAAGCCCAGAGGAGGACUCUGCCCCCACCCGCGCUGUGCCAGUCCUUCGCAGACCUCAGAACCGAACCGCGUGCCUUACGACGCUUCUCCCAGCUGCUCCGGCUGGCAAGCAGAGGGCCUGGGACAGAGGAGGGCCAGCCAAGGCGGGGGCCCAGGUCCGGGGUCCUGCCCACAGCUGCUGCUCCUCGCUGCCACAGCCCAACGACCGGGCAGCCUCUUUCCUACACCAGCUGGGGGAGCUACUGAAACGGCCUGUUUUUAAAGACCCCGUUUAUCGUAAAAGAAUUACAGCUGCGCGUAAAGUUCCAAACACGGCCCAGAGAUCCGGGGGCACAAGAGCCUUCGGAAAGGCUUUUCCACAGGAUUGAAGCACGUCCCCAAACCAGGAACACGGGUGGAGCCCUAGGUCACUGCUCACGGGUGCGCGCUGCUGUGCACACUGCACUCAAGAAGCAGGACGGGCCCCUCAGCACAAAACUGUCCCUCCCCAGACAACCGAUAAGGAAGCAACGGACUUCUGAGAGGCUGCCAAACUCUUUGAUUUCCCGCAGAACGUGGCGGAUUCCCAAUAAACGCAAGAUGCCGUGACUGA